AUGUCCACAUCGCUAAUCAAUCGUUCUUUGACUACAAUCAGAACUGAAUUAGAGUUCUUGAAGGAGUCAAAGGUCAUCAGUGAUUCCGUUUUCAAAGAGAUCAAUAGUUCUUUACCAGAAAGAUAUGAUCCAUCAAAUGCUCCUUCGAUGCUUAGUGCUACCACUACCCGUGACAGUACGGCUCUAGAAUACGUCGAAGCCAUUUAUCGUUUUGAUCCACAACAAGAUGGAGAUUUAGCUAUCCAGCCAGGUGACAAAAUCCAAGUGCUAGAGAAAAUUUCUCCAGAAUGGUAUAAAGGUAGCUGCAAUGGCAAAGUUGGUGUCUUCCCUUCGAAUUAUACUAAGCCAGCAUUCUCAGGUUCUACAAAUGCCAGCAAGUCUGAGUUAACGCCUGUUCCUCCACAAUAUCAACAACAACAACAACCCAUACAGCAGGUUCAAUCUUACCACUCUUACCAACAACCAUUCCCACCUCAAUCGACAAAUUACUAUCAACAAGCUCCGCAGCAACAGCAACAGCAACAGCAGCCUGAACAACAGCAACAGCAACAUCACUCUAAUACCGGUAAACAUUUGAAGAGUUUUGGUUCAAAAUUAGGUAAUGCUGCUAUUUUUGGUGCAGGUGCAACUAUUGGUUCAGAUAUUGUUAACAGUAUCUUCUAG